AAAAUCAAUCCACGUUCAAAGUCUCCAUCUUUCUCCAAUUUUACACAUUAAUUUCUUCCUUUGAAACGGUUGCUUCUAUCUAUACCACCCACCGGGCUUCACCACCACCACCAACCACCAUUGAAAGCCCAAGACUUUUUUGUUCCUGUUUGUUCCCUCAUGUGCAAAUCAAGAAAGAGGACAGACGUAACCCACUCUAUCAUCCCAAAAUCCCGCCCUUCAAAAUCUUCUCCUGAAAAUCUCCCAGCAUCAUCAUUAUCUUCAUCGUCUUGCAAUUACCCAAGACCUAAUUAUCCACCAUCAUCCUCCAUUAAUUAUUAUUCUUCAGCCCUAUAUAACGGUUAUAAGGACACUUCAAAAUCUUCUUCUUCUUCUUCUUCUUCUAUCUCAGCUAAACGCUCUCUCAAAAGCCUUAAAGAAGCCUCCCUACCAGACAAUCCAAAUAUUUAUGACUUUGCUGAAAUCUGCAGAGCUACCAACAACUUCCUUUCAGAACCCUUCUCUUCCUCUCCCUCUUGCACCUCUUGGCGCUGCCAGAUUCGCCAGAAAGAUGUUAUUCUUUUCCAGCGCAAGUUCCGGCGCGUUGACCCCAUUAGAUUAUCGGAGCUCCAGCAGCUGUUAUCCACUAUCUGCAGGAGUCACCAUAAUAGCUUGAUUAAGCUUCUGGGUGUUGCCACUUCAGGGAAUUGUAUAUUUCUUGUUUACGAAUACGUUCGUGGAGCCAGUUUAGCUACUUGUCUUAGAAACCCACAGAAUCCCAGUUACACAGUACUGUCAAAUUGGCUCUCGAGGAUGCAUAUUGCUGCAGAUAUCGCUCAUGGGAUCGAUUAUAUUCACCGUUGUGCAGCUUCAAAUUCAGGUUUUGUCCAUAACCAUAUAAAGAGUUCGAGCAUCAUAGUAGCUGAAGAUUCAUUACAUGCCAAGAUUUGUCACUUCGGGGUGGCGGAGCUGUGCGGGGAAAUGGAGGAAAGGGAAGGAUACAUGUCGCCGGCGCAUCCUCUUGGCAUGAAAAUUGAAGGAACAAGAGGAUACAUGUCGCCGGAGUAUCUAGCAAGUGGAAUCGUGACGCAGAAAUCCGAUGUGUAUGCUUUUGGUAUAGUGGUUUUGGAGCUGGUAUCAGGAGAGGAGGCGUUGAGGUAUGUGUUUGAUAAAGGGAGUGGAGAAUUUAUCAGAGUUAGUGUGAUUAAUACGGCAAGAAAGGCAGUGGGUAGCGGUGGCAGUGGGGUGAGGAACUGGGUUGACAGGAGGUUGAAGGAUUCUUAUCCGGUGGAUGUGGCAGAGAAGAUGGUGGUGGUUGGGUUGCAGUGUGUGGAGGAGGAUCCAGAGAAGCGGCCGGAUAUGGAGGAGGUGGCUGUUAGAGUAUCCAAGUUGUAUUUGGAAUCCAAGAAUUGGGCUGAGAGGAUUUGCAUGCCAAAUGAUUUCUCUGUUUCUACUGCGCCUCGAUGAAUGAAUAAUGCAUAAAAAAAUUUCACAAUGCCAUUCCUUCAAACAAAUGGAUGAAAACUUGACACUUGACGAGUUGACAGCUUCUAUUGUUAUCUGCAUUUUUAGUUAUAU